AGACCAAACAAAUUUCAGAUGGAGAUUUAUACACUGACAACAAAAUUCUGCAACAAACCGGUCUGGUUCCUGUUCCUCAGCCUCUGUGGUCUAGCAUUUUUCACUCAUCACUCGUUUUUUUUACUCUAUAAUCAGCCUUUCGACACGAAUAUGGCCAAAGGAUUCGACACUGAACACUUUGAUCAGUGCGUUGGUCGGUACAUUUAUGUUCAUGAUCUUCCUAGUAAAUUCAAUGUUGAUUUUUUAAAAAAUUGUUCGGCACGUUUUAGGUGGUCUGAGCAGUGUGAUUUCUUAUCGAAUUUCGGUCUAGGCCUGGAAACUACGGACUCUGGUGACAUUCUGCAGAACAGAAGCUGGUAUGCCACGUAUCAAUUCGUGUUAGAAAUCAUUUUUCAUAGCAGAAUGAAAAUGUACAAGUGCUUGACAAAUGAGUCUGCAUUGGCAUCCGCGAUUUUUGUGCCAUUUUAUCCUGGUCUCGACCUGCUUCGAUACCUGAGGGAUGAUCCAGAUUUUAAGAGAGAUUCCAAUUCUAUUGAAUUGGUGAAAUGGCUAACGUCGAAAAAAGAAUGGAAAAGGAUGCAGGGCCAAGAUCAUUUCUUUGUUUCAGGGCGGACUACGUGGGAUUUUCAUAGACUUGGGGAUAAUCAGUCAGGUUGGGGGAAUGUUUUGUUAGAGUUGUCUGAAACUAAGAACAUGACAAUUCUUGUGCCCGAGUCCAAGCGAUGGAGCAAGAAUGAGUAUGCAAUACCAUAUCCUACUUACUUCCAUCCUAGCCGCGACUCUGAGGUAUUCCAAUGGCAAAGCAAGGUGAAGAAGGCUAAAAGGCCAUACUUGUACGCGUUUGUGGGUGCUUCACGCCCAAAGUCUGAACAAUCUAUUCGGAGUAUGAUCAUAGACCAGUGUUUAGUUUCAGGGGAGUACUGCAAUUUUUACAAUUGCAGAGUCAAAAACUGCAAAAAUCCAGUUAAUGUCAUUAGUAUGCUUCAGAGGUCCAAGUUCUGUUUGCAGCCUUCUGGUGACACGGCUACUAGGAGAUCAACAUUUGACUCAAUUUUAGCAGGGUGCAUUCCCGUGUUCUUCAAUCCAAAGUCGGCUUACAUACAGUACAAAUGGCAUUUACCGCAGAAUUAUUCAAGGUACUCGGUGUAUAUACCUGAGGAGAAAGUCAGACAGGAGCCAGAAAGUAUUGAGAGGAUUCUGAAAGGCAUAUCAAGAAGCCAGGUGAGGAGCAUGAGGGAAGAGGUCAUAGGCUUGAUUCCGCGCAUAAUUUAUGCAGAUCCUCGGUCUAGUUUAGACACCCUUGAAGAUGCAUUUGAUAUAGCAGUGAGAGGAGUUCUUGAGAGAGUGGACAGAAUAAGAAAGAAAUAAAACAUGGGAGGAAUACUACUCUUUAGAGGCUCGGAUAGAAGAAAAUGAUAGGAACUUGAUCUAUAUGUCCUACAAUUACAUCUCCUGAUUAUGUAAUGUAUUUAAACAAAAAAGGUUUGUCAUCACUUAUAAGUUUAUUGAAUGGUUAA